AUGGCUACUAGGAAAAUCGAGUCAAUUGAGGUUCCCCAUGUAAGAACAGACGAACAGGAUCUAGAGAGGAUUGAUUUGGCUUCACAAGAAUUUGUCACAUUUGCUACUAUGGUGACGUCUGACUCGACCAAUGGGGAUUCCGAGGCGGCAAGUAGUAGCAGUGUGGCCGAGACGGCAAAUCAAGCGGAGAAUGAUAAGUGUACUGAAGUAUGCAGUCCAGUGGAUCUGUCCUCGGGACCUCAUGAAGAACCCCGACAACCUAUAAUAAGUUUCUCAUCACGAAGUUUUGGCAAACGAGAGCGUCAUUUCAAAAGGGAGUUGUAUAUCAAAUACAAAUGGUUGGAGUAUUCAGUGAUGAAUAAUGCCUGCUACUGUUACUGUUGUCGUCACUUUGCUCCAAGCUUGACCACUGACAAAGCGUUUACUGUGACAGGAUUUUCUAAUUGGAAGAAGACAUGUGGUCACAAAGAGAAGUCCAACUCUCUGUUAAAACACAAACUUUCAUCUGCUCACAGAUCAUCGUUUGUUGCAUGGGAAGAGUCAGGGGCGUACGCAGAGGGGAUGUCAGAAAAGGAAAUAGAAGACAAUAGAUAUCUUUUGGAAACUGUCAUUGACAUACUCCUCCUUUGUGCAAAACAAGGGAUAGCCUUGAGAGGUCAUGACGAAACUGAAGAUUCACAAAAUCCAGGAAAUUUUCAAGCAAUACUGGAUCUUUUGUCAGAUCAUGACACACAUCUGCAACAGAAGAUUGGAAAAUUACCCAAGAAUGCACGUUAUUGCUCACCUGAAAUUCAGAAUGAGUUGUUAUCGGUAAUGGGAUCACUGGUGCGAAACAAGAUCUGUGAAGAAGGACUUUCAAUAACCAAAGGACUGUCAGAUCAACUGCAAGAUGACUCACUUGAUCUAGCAGCUGCAGCGGAACUUGGUGACUCUGUCCUGUCAUCUAUUCGUAGCAGCAGAAAUGACAAAGAGUGGGAGAGAACUUGGAAGGCUUCUGUUGAUUUGGCUGAGCGUUUGGAGAUUGCUGUUGUAGAUGUACGUCGCAAGGUGUUGGAUACAACAGAAAGAAGAGAUGUAGCCGGAGACGAUUCAACUGAAGAAAAUGAAGAAGCCACUACUAAACAUUAUUAUCAAGCACAUGUCUACAAUCCUGUUAUUGAUUCAUGGGUAGGCGAGUUACGACGACGAUUUUCAGAAGAAAAUAGAGAAAUCAUGAAUUGUAUCCAAGCUUGUUCUCCGCCUUCUGGGAAAAACUUCCUUAGUUCAGAGAAGCUUAUGCCACUUGCUACUAGGUAUGGUGUCAACGAAACAGCACUGAUGGAAGAGCAAUGCAAACAAGCUAUGCAUAUCCUCUCAGGCAAGCAACUAACAGUCAUUUCUGAUGUUCUUUUUUAUUUGAAUCGCAACAAGAAGGGUUCGCCAUUAUUGUCAAGCUGUUGA